GGCCCCGCCGAGCGGCGCAGGCAGCCGGGGCCGCUGCUUCGGGGCUUGGGUGACGCUGUGCUCUCUCCUUAUCCCCCCGACACCCGCCGGCAGCUAUGGCCGCCCCGUGCUCCUGAGGAGAUUUCCUUAUGUGGUCAAGUAGAUGUGUUUAUUUCAGCCUUAUAAUUGCUGAUGCCAAUGCUUGCUAUGGCAUCUGUGGCUUCACCGGUUAUAUUUAAGGAGUUUUGUCCCUUAUACUAUCUUCUCAAUGCCAUUCCUACAAAGGUCCAAAAAGGCUUUCGCUCUAUUGUGGUAUACCUCACAGCACUCGAUACCAAUGGAGACUACAUUGCUGUGGGGAGCAGCAUUGGAAUGCUUUAUCUCUACUGCAGGCAUUUAAACCAGAUGAAAAAAUAUAAUUUUGAGGGGAAGUGUGAAUCUAUUACUUUUGUAAAGCUGUUGAGUUGUUUCGAUGAUCUAGUUGCUGUUGGUACAGCCUCAGGUCGGGUUGCAGUUUUUCAGCUUGUGUCUUCAUUACCUGGAAGAAACAAACAGCUUCGGAGAUUUGAUGUUGCUGGUAUCCAUAAAAGUAGCAUUACAGCUUUAGCUUGGAGUCCCAAUGGAAUGAAAUUAUUCUCUGGAGAUGACAAAGGGAAGAUUGUCUACUCAGCGCUAGACCUGGAUCAGGGUAUUUGCAACUCCAGCCUUGUACUGGAAGAGCCAUCUUCGAUUGUCCAGUUGGAUUACAGCCAGAAAGUGCUGCUUGUCUCUACUCUACAACGGACUCUACUUUUCUACACAGAAGAGAAAUCUGUCAAGCAAGUUGGAACACAGCCGAGAAAAAACACUGGCAAAUUUGGAGCAUGUUUUAUACCUGGCCUAUGUAAACAGAGUGACCUGACUCUAUUUGCCGCCAGACCUGGGCUUCGUCUCUGGAAGUCUGAUGUUCAUGGAACUGUUCAGGCCACGUUCAUAUUGAAAGAUGUAUUUGCUGGAGGAAUAAAAACUUUUGAACUGUAUCCUCGUUUGGAACCUCCUGACACAGGAAGUUACGGCUCCCCAGAGAAACACCUUGGGCUUGUUUCGUGCUUUUUCCGAGAAGGAUGGGUGCUGACCUGGAAUGAAUACAGCAUCUACUUACUAGACACUGUGAAUCAGGCUUUGAUUGGUGGCUUGGAAGGAUAUGGUGAUAUUGUGUCUGUGUCCUGUACCAACAAUGAGAUUUUUCUCUUAAAGGGAGAUAGAGACAUAAUAAGAAUUUCAAGUAGACCUGAAGGACUGUCAUCAAUAGUUUCAGAUGUGAAUUCAAAAUUGCCGAACCCUUUAACGGAUACGAGUCCUAAAUUGCCGACCCCACUAUCAGUUGCAUCUGUAUCAUCUAGCCCUUCAGUGGAAACAGAUAAAAAAUUGGUUACUUCCCCUUCAGUUACUGGUGAUAAAAAUGACUCUUAUUCUUUAGUGAAAGAUGAUCUGGAAACUCCAACGCUAUCGGAGAAAAGUUUUGAUAGAGUGGGAGACUUGAGCAAUGAAACAAGAAAAAGGGGCUGUUCCGUAGUAAGUGAAUCGAGAAGCAGGAGCAGUUCAGUAAAUUCUGUGGACAGUGGCUCUAGCUUUAUGAUAUAUGCAGACCAGCUUUCAGAAGCUCAGAGAGAAGGUCAACUUUCUUCACAACGGUUCAGCACAAUCAGCUCUGAAGAUUUUGAUCAAGAACUCAUUGUAAAGCCAAUUAAAGUGAAAAAGAAGAAAAAGAAGAAACAAGAAAGUGGGACCAGAAAAAACCACAGCUCUCUGGAAGGUACACCAAUUUAUGAGCGUCAGCUUUCUGGUGACAGUCCGCAUUCAUUGAAUGCAGACUCCUUUUCCAUGACUUCCAGCCUAAUGAGCGGCAGCAUUGAUCAUUUGAGUACUGGAUCUCCAGAUCAGGAAAGCGUGUUCAGUGUGGAGUCCCAUACAAUCUUACAAGAAGAUAAUGGUUCAGAAACUUUCAGUGUCCUACAGUCUCCUGAGUCUGCAACUGUACUAAUUAAUGAAGAAAAUGGAUAUAUGGUUCAUUUACAGAAACUUCCAAACAGUGACAGUGGCAUGGGUACUUCAACUGUUACGGAUACUUUGACAUCUGUCUCUCCUCUAAUCCCCACAGAAGACUUUCCAAGCAGUGUUGAUGGUGGAUAUAAUGGAAGCGUGGUUUCUGCAAGCAAUGAAUACUGUCUUGAAAAGCUGAGCCAGGAGGAAGAGCAGGAUUUUCCUACAUUGUGUAAAAUAGAUGAAAAUUUAGAUAAAAUGAAGCUGCAGGACACUGAAAAAUCUUUUGAAGAGCCAGACCUUACAGACCCAAUGCUUUUGGAAUGUGACAGUGAACUUGGUGUUCAGACAUCAAUGACACCAAAGGAAAGUGAUGAAACUGGUAGGGAAGACCAACAGCAACUCUCUCUAAUACACAGCGCUCUGUCAGAUCCUUCUGUGCUCCACUUUGACAUCUCUGAUGAUGUUUAUUCAGAGAACACUUCCAUUUCUGGAUGGAAUUUUGAAAGUACAAUCAAAGCUAAAUCUAGUACUAGCACUGCUGAAUGGGUAAUGGACACUCGUGAAAGUAAGACUGAGAAAUCUGCCUCAAGUGAUGAAGAGGAUAUUUAUGGACAUGGAUUACCGUAUUCAUCUUCGGAGACUAGCAUGCCUGAAGUUGGUGCUGGGCCUGGUUCCCAGGAUAUGGCCAAGAUAAGCCUAGAUGAAAUGGUGCUGUUAAAAUCUGAUCAGUUUGCAGAGAGCUGGAUGGGAUACUCUGGUCCUGGUUAUGGCAUCCUGAGCCUGGUUGUCUCAGAAAAAUAUAUUUGGUGCUUGGACUACAGAGGCAGCCUGUACUGCAGCGCUCUUCCCGCGGCAGGGCUGCGAUGGCAGAAGUUUGAAGACGGUGUUCAGCAGGUGGCAGUUUCCCCCUCAGGGGCUCUUCUCUGGAAGAUUGAACAGAAGACUAAUAAAGCAUUUGCUUGUGGAAAAGUAACUAUAAAAGGAAAACGCCACUGGUAUGAGGCUUUACCCCAGGCUGUAUUUGUAGCUUUAAGUGAUGACACUGCCUGGAUUAUCAGAACAAAUGGAGAUCUGUAUCUGCAAACAGGCCUGAGUGUGGAUCGUCCUUGUGCCCGAGCAGUAAAGGUUGACUGCCCUUGUCCACUGUCACAGGUUACAUCCAGAAAUAAUGUUGUGUGGGCAUUGAGUGAGCAGCGAGCCCUGCUAUACCGGGAGGGAGUACGCAGCUUUUGUCCUGAAGGAGAACAAUGGAAGAGUGAUAUUGUCAGUGAAAUGCAAGCUUUGGAACCAGUGUGUAUAACCCUUGGAGAUCAGCAGACAUUAUGGGCUUUGGAUAUCCAUGGAAAUCUGUGGUUCAGAACUGGUAUAGUUUCAAAGAAACCACAAGGAGAUGAUAACCAUUGGUGGCAAGUAAGCAUCACUGAUUAUGUAGUGUUUGACCAGUGCAGCCUGUUCCAGACAAUAAUCCAGGCAACUCAUUCAGUGGCAACAGCAGCUCAGGCACCUGUGGAGAAGGUGGCCGAUAAACUUCGAAUGGCAUUUUGGUCACAGCAGCUUCAAUGUCAACCCAGCCUCCUUGGAGUUAAUGGCAGUGGAGUCUGGAUCUCUUCAGGCAAAAAUGAAUUUCAUGUGGCAAAGGGAAACUUAAUAGGCACUUACUGGAAUAAUAUUGUGCCUCGUGGUACUGCUUCUGCCACAAAAUGGAUUUUUGUGUUGGCUUCCACGGCUUCGUCUAAAGAAGGAAGCUUUCUGUGGCUGUGCCAAAGCAACAAGGAUCUGUUUUGUGUCAGUGAUCAGAAUCCUCAGUUUCGUCCUUCUACGGUGCAGUUGCCACCAGAGACUGAAAUGGUGCACUACUCUGCCUGCCAGGAUGCCAUUUGGGGUUUGGAUAGUCUUGGGCAGAUAUUUAUCAGAACCCUUUCAUCCAGCUGUCCAACAGGCAUGCACUGGACAAAACUGGAUCUCUCUCAACUAGGUACUGUAAAGCUGAUCAGCUUGACCUGUGGAAAUCAGCAUGUUUGGGCCUGUGACACCAGUGGUGGCAUUUAUUUCCGUGUAGGAACUCAACCUCUUAACCCAAGUUUGAUGCUCCCUGCGUGGAUAAUGAUUGAGCCACCUAUACAGCCAGUAGGAAUCAACUUGGUCAGCAUUCAUUCAAGUCCAAAUGAUCAGAUGUUGUGGGCAAUUGAUAGCAAAUGGAAUGUCCAUGUACGAGUUGGAAUUACAGAUGAAAUGCCUGUAGGCACCGACUGGGAACAUGUACCAGGUUUGCAGGCUUGUCAGCUGGCAAUAAGUACGAGGACAGUUUGGGCACGCUGUCCAAAUGGAGAUGUAGCUCGUCGGUAUGGCAUUACUGACAAGAAUCCAGCAGGAGACUACUGGAAGAAGAUUCCUGGAAGUGUCUCGCAUUUAACAGUGACCCCUCUAGAUGAACUGUGGGCGAUCAGUACUUCAGGAUCCCUUCUCCAGCGCCUCACUAAGACCUUUAGCCAUUCCCAUAGUUUGCAGAAAAAUAAUGACACUUCUGUUCUGCUUCACCCUGAUGAUUUUGAAGAUGAAUGGGAAGUGAUAUGAAGUCUUGCAAGCUUGUGAAACAGUGACAAAAAUAGAAGGACAGAAUUUCUGUAAUGUAUGUACAGAAUGUUGGAUCUAAAAGCCUCUCAUAUUGGACCUGUGAUAUUAGCACUUUUGUAUUGAAAAACUGACCUGUUAAAUAGCCCCCAAGCUGUGAGUUCUGAUGUUUGUUCCAGUAUCUCUUGGGAGACUCUUUAGGUGUGGCAUACUGCAAUUGUUAUACCGUACUACUGUAGAAGCUCCUUUGGAAAUAUAACUCUUAAGUUAAUCUUACUAGCAAUGAAAGUGACUAUUUCACAACAGCAUGCACACUAAUACAUGUGUACUUAUUUUGAGAAGGAAUUCUGUUGCAUUAAAUAUUUCUCUACAGCAGAAA